AUGGCGACCUGCAGUGGAUGUACAUGCGCUAGCGAAUGCCCAGCUUGUGGCCCCUCGGGGACUGGCUGUGCUUGCCCAAAGAACCAGUGUAACUGCCAGAAAUGCGUCAACAGCGCACAUUCAAAGAAGUGCUCUUGCGCUGGCACAGGGGAAAAUUGUGAAUGUUCCAAGCAGGGUGAAGUGUGUGCUUGUGAGUCAAAGUGA